UUCGUCCAUGGCGGAUGAAGAAAAAGAAAAACGACAAGCUGAAAUGGAGAAGCUACCGGUGGUUUUACAACUUCGUCCCGUCCCAGCAAUCGAUCCUGUUGAGGAUCGAUUCUUGAACAAGUUCAGAUUUCUCAAGGCCUGGGAGUCGUCGAUGCCCAUGGACCUCUUCUUGACCACACAUGCACAGUCGGUAAGAGCCCUUCUCUGCUCUGGCGGUACCCCUAUCACAGCCGACGCCCUUCGAUGCCUUCCCUCUCUCCAAUGCAUAGUCACUACCAGCGCCGGUCUCAACCACAUCGAUUUGGCCGAGUGCUGGCGAAAGGGCAUUUCCAUAGCCAAUGCUGGCGACUCUUUCUCUGAAGACGGUGCUGAUUACGCAAUUGGGCUAUAUCUCGAUGUCCUCAGACGAAUCUCCGCUGCCGACCGAUACAUCCGCCAGGGGCUUUGGCCUAGCAAGGGCGAUUAUCCUCUAGGCUCCAGGUUAAGAGGUAAACGAGUGGGGAUUGUUGGCCUAGGACAUAUAGGCUCUGAAGUGGCAAAAAAGCUUUUGGCCUUUGGGUGCAGUAUCUCUUACAACUCGAGGAAGAAGAAGCCAUCUAUUGCAUUUCCAUACUAUUCGGAUGUCUGUGAACUUGCAGCUAAUAGUGAUGUUCUCAUCCUUUGUUGUGGAUUGACCAAGGAAACACACCACAUCAUUAACAGGGAUGUGCUGUUGGCACUGGGAGAGAAAGGGGUUAUCAUUAACAUUGGACGGGGGGCUCUUAUCGAUGAGAAGGAAUUGAUUGAGUGUUUGAUGCAAGGAAAAAUUGGAGGUGCUGGUCUGGAUGUGUUUGAGAAUGAGCCGCAUGUGCCCGAAGAGCUUCGUGCCUCAGAUAAUGUUGUAUUGUCUCCACAUACUGCUGUGUUGACACCAGAAUCCUUUUUGUCAUUGCAUGAGUUGCUGCUAGCCAACUUGGAGGCUUUCUUCUCAGAUAAACCGUUGGUUUCAGAGGUGAAGGAUGAAUGAGAAGACCAUCCAUUAGGUAAUCAUACAAAAGGAUUCACAGGAUCACAUAAACAACGCACACAGAGUUUGAUCAUCAAGGG